AUGGUAUCAUUCAAUGUAAAUAUUUAUGAGACUGAAAGGUUGAGAACAAUUGUUGAAGAAACAACUAAUUUUGAUAUUGAAGGGGGACUUGAUUGUGCAGCAACAUUAAAUAAAGAACAGCAGUUUGCAUAUGAUAUAAUCAUGGAAAAAGUGAAAUUAGAAUCAAAUUGUGCUUUUUUCGUUGAUGGUCCAGGUGAAACGGGCAAAACCUUCUUAUAUAAAGCAUUCCUAAGUUCUGUAAGGUCACAAAAUUUAAUUGCUUUAAAAAUAGCAUCAUCUGGAGUAUCCACAUCUCUUUUACCUGGUGGUCGAACAACUCAUUUAAUAUUUAAAAUUCAUUUGGAAACAAUUGGUGAAAUAAGUUGUUCUGUUAGCAAGCAAUUAGCUUUAGGAACUUUGUUGAAAAUUUCUAGAUUAAACAUUUGGGAUGAAGCACCGAUGGUCAAUCAUUCUGCUGUAGAAGCUUUUGCUGGUGAUAAUAAUAAACUGCAUUGUUCAUCUCUACUAAAGAAUCGUGCUAGAGGAAAAAUAGAUAUUGCAUGGGGUCAUUGUAAAGAGAUAUUAGAAGCUAGUAAUAAUGGAAUAAAAAAAAAACUUGUCUGCUUGUAUCGUGGAAAGACUUUCGCUGGAGGUGGUGUCAACCGAGUGAAACAACACUUAGCAGGAAUAAAAAGUGAUGUUGAUUCAUGUCGGAAAGCACCUCCUGAUGUUAUAUUCAAAAUGAAAGAAAACUUAGAUAUCUUUGCUGCAAAGAAGCGUAAAACUCAAGAAAUUCUUGAUGAAUGUAACCCACGUAGUUCUUACUAUCGAGAACAAGAAGAGCAAAUGCAUAGAGAUUUGGGUGAUGAUGAUUGA